UUGGCUUCACCACACUUCGCAGUGGUGGGAGAAGCGUGUGAGCUGACGAGCCGCCGGUCUUUUCCCUCAGUCGUUCUGAUUUAGAGGUCGGGCGCCUUCAUCGUUAUGUUUCAGCAUGACACACAUUUUUAUAUGUAGUCAACUGCUUUCUUCGCUAGUUGCACUGAGAGGUGUAUUUCAUUGUUAAAGAUGAGUAGAAGUACCGAGGACAGAAAGGGCUGCUCUUUAACUCUUGCACUGACUGUAUGCUCUGCUGCUGUUGGAGGGACUCUUCAGUAUGGCUACAACCUCGCCAUCAUCAAUGCUCCUACAGUCUAUGUUCAGAGGUUCAUCAAUGAGACGUGUGUGGAGAGGUGGGGUACACCGCUGGAGUCCAACCAGGUGGUCUUGAUAUGGACCCUCAUAGUUUCUGCGUUCUCCCUUGGCGGACUGGCGGGAUCGCUGCUGGCUGGCCCGAUGGCUAUUCAAUUCGGACGGAAGCAAACCCUGCUGCUGAAUAACUGUUUCCUUCUGAUCAGUGCCAUCAUGGCCCUGAGCAGCCGCUCAGCCAGAUCCUUCGAGAUGAUCAUCCCUGCUCGGCUGCUCGUUGGGGUUAAUGCAGGGGUCAGUAUGAACGUCCAGCCUAUGUAUUUUGGAGAGAGUGCUCCUAAGGCAUUGAGGGGUGCGGUUGCCUUUUCUUCUGCUGUUUUCACUGCAAUGGGAAUUCUUCUGGGCCAGGUGACCGGCCUGACUCAAGUCUUAGGCAGUGAUGACCUUUGGCCUUAUCUUCUAGCCAGCAAUGCUGUUCCUGGCCUUUUACAGCUGCUCACUCUGCCUUGGUUUCCGGAAAGUCCUCGUUAUCUGCUCAUCGACAAAGGGGACAGGGACGCGUGCAGUCAUGCACUUACCCGCUUGAGGGGCUGUGAUGUUUCUGAUGCUGAGAUGGAGGAGAUCUUGGAAGAGCAGAAAGCAGCUGGAGCAACUCGUGCCAAAUCACUAAGGGAGCUACUGACCAACCAAAGCCUUCGCCGACAACUGUGCAUCGUCAUGGCAGCCAGUAGUGCCAUGAUGCUCUGUGGUAACGACUCCAUCUACUUUUUUGCUUCGUACAUCUUUCAGGAAGCUGGAAUUCCAACGGAUAAGAUCCAGUAUGCUACCAUUGGCACAGGCGCUUGUGAAUUUAUCGCGUCCAUAGUGUCUAACUUGUUGAUCGAAAGACUGGGUCGCCGCUUGCUUCUCAUUGCUGGUUAUGUUCUCAUGGCUGGCUGGGCUGUGGUCUUCACCGUGGCUCUCUCUCUGCAGGGCAAAGUGGCUGGCAUGCCUUACCUGAGCAUGGUAUGCAUUUUUGCUUACAUUCUCAGCUUUGGCUUGGGUCCUGCAGGAGUGACCGGGAUACUGCCCACCGAACUCUUCGACCAGAUGGCACGACCUGCAGCUUACAUGAUGGCCGGCUCCAUGAUGUGGAUCAACCUUUUCCUGGUGGGAAUGAUGUUUCCUUUUAUAGUCAAUGGUUUGGGACAGUUCUGCUUCAUUCCCUUCUGUGGGGUCUGUGUGCUCUCAGCCAUCUUCAUUGGUUUUGCUCUGCCCGAGACCAAAGGAAAGACUAUGGCUCAAAUCAGUGAAGAGUUUGACAAACGCAACAUAAAAGGGUUAACUAGUGCAACACAGAAUCAUUUACCACUUCAGGAGAACCAACACAUCAAUGAUCUGUCUUCAGAGCAUCUAGAGGCCGAGAAGAUUUGACCAAAGGGAUAACAAUGUGUGUUGCUCUUGUAUCCAGCACUUACUUAUCUGGCAUUGAGAUAUAUCACCACCUCGUGUCUCUGAAAUAAUAACUUCAUGGUUGAUGGAAAAAAAAAACAUCUUGCCUUUAACGUAUGUUAAUGUAACAAGUUUUGGACCAUUUCUUCUUGGUUCAUUCAGCAUU